AUGAUUUCCAGGCAUGACCGGAGCUACCAGGACGACGAGCACAACUACUUCUACGCGCAGCUCGAUGGGUUGAACGUGCUCACCAAUCUGAACUACGGCAUCGACGGAGCCAGGCUGCGGUUCGAAAGCAAGGUGCGGAGGUCGGCGAACUAUGACAUUUGGUAUAGAAUUUUUCAGGGGUGGACUUGUUCUUCUGUUUAA